CUUCUGGCAGCUCUCGCCACACGCAGACACACUGCAUCUCCAGUACCACCAAUUCCCCUGGCCAUUGGUCCCACACCCUCAGGCAGCUCCCACUCAACAUCUGGCUAUUGCAAUCCACUCUCCUAUCUCCCAAUGAAGACUGAUUUGGUGGGGAUGUCAGGCCCAAAAGAAGAGGCCAGCAAGGAGGAGAUGUGUGGCAUGGAGUCAUUGAACAGCCAAGGCAGCCUGGACUCCAACAGGGAGGAUGACAGAGCUUCUCUUAUCCUGACCCUCACUCUCUACAACGUCAGGAAGAUUGAGCUCUCUAAGGCAGCCAAAGUCUUCGAGAUGUUCGAAACUCAAAUCUCUCACUUUGAAACCCGUCGAGCCAAAAAGCCCAAGAACUCUGUGGAUGAUUCUGACGUAUUUGUUGAAUGUGAAGUUCACAGUGCUGAUGUUGGUGUCUUUAUCACGUCCUUAAAGAGACUAGCAAAGGAUGUGAAAGCCAGCAGAGAAGACAAAGUGCCCUGGUUCCCCAGAAAAAUCCAAGAUCUGGACAAGUGUCACCAUCUGAUCACUAAAUAUCAUCCCAAUUUGGACCACGGUCACCCUGGAUACUCUGACCUGGAGUAUAACAAACGGAGGGCAUUCUUUGCCGACCUGGCCUUUAAUUACAGAGCAGGAGACCCUUUACCUCACAUUGAGUACACAGCACAGGAAACAGCAACUUGGAGAGAAGUCUACAGGAAGCUGAGGAGCCUUUACCCUACCCACGCCUGUACACAGUACCUGGAUGCUUUCCAGGAGCUCGAGAAGCACUGCGGCUACCGAGAGGAUAACAUCCCUCAGCUUCAGGACGUCUCCAGAUUUUUAAAAGAGAGAACAGGUUUCCAGCUGAGACCAGCUGCAGGACUGCUGUCUGCUCGUGACUUCCUUGCCAGCCUGGCAUUUCGUGUCUUUCAGUGCACACAGUAUAUAAGGCAUUUCUCUUCUCCUAUGCAUUCCCCAGAACCAGACUGCUGCCAUGAGUUGUUGGGUCAUGUUCCCAUGUUGGCUGACAAGGAGUUUGCCCAGUUUUCACAGGAUAUUGGACUGGCUUCUCUUGGAUCAUCUGAAGAGGAGAUUGAGAAACUGGCCACACUUUACUGGUUCACUGUGGAGUUUGGCCUCUGCAAGCAAAAUGGAUUGAUCAAAGCUUAUGGGGCAGGACUGCUUUCAUCUUAUGGGGAGCUGAAGUACGCUUUGUCAAACAAGCCGGAGUACAAGCCUUUUGAUCCAGAAGUGACUGCAGUUCACCCCUAUCAGGAUCAAGCCUUCCAGCCUGUCUAUUUCAUAGCAGAAAAUCUGGAAGAUGCCAAGGUCAAGCUUCAGAACUACGCAAUGAAGAUCAAGAAGCCUUUUGCUCUGCAUUAUGACCCCUUCACCAGCAGCAUAGAGGUUUUGAACACACCACAGAAAGUCAAGAGGGCACUCCACCAGAUAAAAGAGGAACUGAAAAACUUCUGCUUGGCCCUUGAAAACCUCUCUUAAAACCACAGCAGUACAUCUCACC